CCAUAGGUUUCUCUUCCUCUAGAAUAAAACAAUUAACUCUAACUCUAGAUAUUUCAACAAAACUUGCUUGCACAUGUUAUAUACACUAUGUCAUAUGUAACAUUUUCUGGUACUAAAAACAAUAACAUUUGUAGCAGUAGUAGUAAUAUGAGGAAGUUGUCUAAUAUGGAUGAUACUAAUAAUGUUGUAGCAGACAUUAAUAUCAAUAAAUCUAAACAAAUUGAACGGCGUUACGAAGACUAUCGAAGGAAGAGAAAGCGUCCUUGUAAAGCGCCGGUGAUCCCUACGAUGGAAUCAACUACGGGAGACACGGCCACGGCUUCACACGGUUUUAUAUCUGUGAUUGGACGGAGGAGGGUGAUGGAAGACGCUAUCAAGGUGAUUCCUCGUUUCAUGGCGGCGAAACAGCAACCGUGUGGAUACGAUUUCUUUGCGGUUUAUGACGGACAUGGUGGGAUGACGGUGGCGAAUGCUUGUCGUGAUAGGUUGCACUUGUUGUUGGCAGAGGAAGUGAAGGAAGGUGGAGAUCAUGGAUUGGAUUGGUAUAAAGCUAUGUGUUCUUGUUUCAUGAAGAUGGAUCAUGAAAUUGGAGUCGCUGGUGGUGGCAGUGGUGAUGUUGAUGCGGACAACGUGGGUUCAACGGCGGCUGUGGUGGUGGUUGGGAAAGAGGAGAUAGUGGUGGCGAACUGUGGUGACUCAAGGGCGGUUUUGUGUAGUGGCGGUGUAGCAGUUGCACUUUCACGUGAUCAUAAGCCCGAUCUUCCGGAUGAAAGAGAGAGGAUUGAAGCAGCUGGUGGAAAAGUGAUUAAUUGGAACGGGAGUCGCGUUCUAGGAAUUCUUGCUACUUCUAGAUCCAUAGGGGACCAUUGCAUGAAGCCAUUUGUGAUAUCUCAACCAGAGAUAAACGUGCAUGGAAGAACAAAAUCAGAUGAGUUUGUUGUGGUGGCAAGUGAUGGGCUUUGGGAUGUUGUAUCAAACAGUUUUGUUUGUGAAGUUGUUAAAAGCUGUCUCCAAGGUCAUAUGAGGAGGAAUAAUAGCGAUAAUGUAAAAGAGGAUCUCACUUUUAAAGGUUAUGCAGCUGAAGCUGCUGCAAUUUUAGCUGAAUUGGCUAUGGCUAAGGGAAGCAAAGACAACAUCAGUAUUAUAGUCAUUCAACUCAACACUAACAUUUGAUAUUUGAUCCCCAAUUGUUUGCUUUUAUUUCCCUUUUGUUUCUUUUACUUUUUCAUUUGUUGUUUCUUUUGAGAAGUUUUUGUAUUCGAUAGUUGAAAAGACUUAUGUAGUAUUUAUAGUAAGUUAUUGAAUAGAGUGAUACGGAUUGGAAUCA